UAUGAAUCCUUUGCAACAGCUUUACCUCUAAGCAAUAAUCAAACAUUAAGAAUAAGAAAAGGUGAAGUAAGAAGAAUAAGUAUUAAAGUAAAAUAAUGAGGUAUAGUGAUAUAUUAAAUAUUUUAGAUUUAGAAAUAGCAGCAACUGCUAUCAUUGAUGUCAUACUAAACAAACAAUCUUAUUGAAAAGUAUUAAUAACUAUUUAUUAUUUAGAAAAGCUUGGUCUUUAAUCGACAUUCAAAAUAGAGUUACUUAAUACUUUUAACAAUAGGUGUUGAGAAAGUAAGUUGUAAGAAUAAACAAUUGCAUUGACUAUCACUUACCCUAUUUUCUCAAUGUUUUGGGCAAUUUGAUAAUUCAUGGAUUAGAUUAGAUCUAAGGAGAAACUGAAUAAAUAGCUAUACUAAAGACUUCAUUUAUUGCCUAACCGAUCUAAAUUACAAUGAGUAGUUCUUUAUUUUAAACACUUUCUCUAUUAUUAAGAUCUUAACUUGUAUAAUACGAUAAAGGUAAUAUUAAUAUAUAUCAUUUUUAGGUACUUAAUAUCUUUCCAAAUUCUUAAUUUUCAGAGAUGACUUUUGUGACAUUUUCUUUAAUACACUUUAUUAGUAUUCUAUAUCAUCCAACCAAUAAGUGAGUUAAUAAUUAAGCUUUGCCUAACUUAAUUCAAUGAUAAAGAAAUAGCCUGAAGAUAUUUGGGGGACCUUUAUUUUUAAAUUGUUAAGUCAAUAACAAUAGAAAUUGGAUAAAGAUUAAUUUUUAGUUCAAUUCAAUCAAUACACAGUCUACAUGAACAACUUUUUCAAAAAAUCUAAUUUGAUUUUUGAUGUUGUAGAAAACUCUGUUAAAUAAACUGCUUAAAUUCAUAAUGAUUCCAUUUUCUAAGAAGUAAUUAUACUUUAUUAUUUUUCUAGUAUCUAUUAAUAAUGGGUAGUUUCAAAGCGACUACACAAGAUUUCUUAAAAAAAGCUACUAGUGUAUAUUUUGAUGAAUAAAAUGAUGAAAUUGAUUUAAAUGAAUUCAAUAUUAGAACUUAAAGAAUUCAUAAAUAGAUGAAUUGUUCAAUUUUAUAUAUUCUUCCAAUGUUAUUACAAAUAGAAAGUCAUAUGAUUGAUUUGAUACAAUAAGAUAGAUAUAAUGAAAAUGUUUAAGUUAAAAAUAGUUCUAAUUACUAUUUGAAAAUGAUAGAAAGAUUAAAAAAUAAAUGUGUAUACAAUGGAGAGGAUGAAUGCAAUUGUAAGAAAUGCCAAUGCAUAAGAAGGAAUCGUAAUUCUGCUAAAGAAUCUUAAAGGAAAAAAAGAGAAGCUUUAGAGAAGAUAGGACCACUUUAAGAUGCUUAUGAAGAAUUGCAGAAGAAAGUAUUGAUAUAUUUAACAUUUAGAUUAAAGUUAUUGAGAAUGAAAAUGAAACUCUUAGAUAAUUAUUGACAGAUUUAUUUAAACAUCCUACUGUUUCUUAAUUAUCACCUGAGUUCAUUGAACCAUUGACUAAGGUUAUUUAAGAUACAGAUCCUGUACAACAUUCAAGUUCUUAUGAAUGUUGAUUAAAUGACAUUGUCAACGUUAAGUAAC